UAACGGAUGACGUGUCUGAGGAGUCAGAUGCUGCUACGCAGGCAGCAGUUUUGCUAGCUCUUGUGCUUAGUAAUCACCAAUGUCUGGAUUUUGACACACAUAUCUACAUUUUACGCAUGUAAAUAUAUCUACUGAAUAUUUAACUUGGUCGGUCAAAGCAAAAUGGUCGUGUUCCACCAUGUCCGUGUUGUCUUAUUGGUGUUUUUUGUGUGCGGGUCGCUGCGGGACGCGUUGAGUUUCUAUCUUCCUGGUUUGGCCCCGGUCAGCUUCUGUGAAGACGCUAAUGAAAAAAACAUCGAUGUACCAGACUGCAAGUCGUCCAUUGAGCUGUUUGUGAACCGACUGGAUUCUGUGGAGUCUGUUUUGCCCUAUGAAUACACAGCGUUUGAUUUUUGUGCUGAUGAGGCAGAGAAGCGUCCAUCUGAGAACUUGGGUCAGGUGCUGUUUGGAGAAAGAAUUGAGCCGUCUCCAUAUAAGUUUUCCUUCAACAAAAAUUUAGAAUGCAAGACUGUCUGUGUUAAACCUUACAAAACAGACAAAUCGGAUGAUAAAGCCAAACUGGACUUCCUCAAAAAGGGAAUGCUCCUCAAUUACCAACAUCACUGGAUUGUUGAUAAUAUGCCAGUGACCUGGUGUUAUGAUGUGGAGGACAAUCAGAAGUUCUGUAAUCCUGGUUUCCCCAUUGGUUGCUAUGUCACGGAAUCGGGACGGGCCAAAGAUGCUUGUGUGGUCAAUGCUGACUUCAAUGACAAAGACACCUUCUACAUCUUCAACCAUGUGGACAUUACCAUCUUCUACCACAAGGUGGAAACCGAGGCUGCUGGUGCCAGACUGGUCGCUGCUAAAUUAGAGCCCAAAAGCUUUAAGCACACCAACCCAGACAAAGCAGACUGUACAGGACCUCCCAUGAGCCUGGGCAACAAGUUCACUGGAGAACUCAAAAUUCCCUACACAUACUCCGUCAAGUUUGUGGAGGAAAAACAUAUUCGCUGGGCCUCAAGAUGGGAUUAUAUUCUUGAGUCAAUGCCACACACCAACAUUCAGUGGUUCAGUAUCAUGAACUCUCUGGUCAUUGUGCUCUUCCUUUCGGGGAUGGUCGCUAUGAUCAUGCUCCGAACACUCCAUAAAGACAUCGCCCGCUACAACCAGAUGGACUCUGUGGAGGAUGCCCAGGAGGAAUUUGGCUGGAAACUUGUUCACGGAGAUGUCUUCAGGCCUCCCAGGAAAGGCAUGCUGCUGUCUGUGUUUCUAGGCUCUGGGACUCAAAUCUUCAUCAUGACAUUUGUUACUCUUUUUUUUGCCUGUUUGGGUUUCCUGUCACCUGCCAAUCGUGGAGCUCUGAUGACAUGUGCGGUGGUGCUGUGGGUACUGCUGGGUACUCCAGCUGGUUAUGUGGCUGCCCGCUACUACAAAUCCUUCGGUGGGGAGAAGUGGAAGACCAAUGUUCUGUUGACAGCAUUCCUCUGUCCAGGGGUGGUGUUUGCUGAUUUUUUCGUAAUGAAUCUGAUUUUGUGGGGUGAGGGUUCAUCAGCUGCCAUGCCAUUUGGCACUCUGGUAGCCAUCCUGGCUCUGUGGUUCUGUAUCUCUGUGCCCCUCACCUUUAUCGGAGCAUACUUCGGUUUCAAGAAAAGCGGUAUUGAACAUCCCGUAAGGACCAAUCAGAUCCCCAGACAGAUUCCAGAGCAGUCCUUCUACACUAAACCUCUUCCUGGCAUUGUCAUGGGUGGAAUCCUGCCAUUUGGCUGCAUCUUCAUCCAGCUGUUCUUCAUCCUUAACAGCAUCUGGUCUCAUCAGAUGUACUAUAUGUUUGGAUUUCUCUUCCUGGUCUUCAUCAUCCUGGUCAUCACCUGCUCUGAGGCCACCAUCCUCCUGUGCUACUUCCACCUGUGUGCUGAGGACUAUCACUGGCAGUGGCGUUCCUUCCUGACCAGCGGAUUCACAGCUGUAUAUUUUCUGGUCUAUGCCAUCCAUUACUUCUUCUCUAAGCUACAGAUCAGUGGACUCGCCAGCACUAUUCUUUACUUUGGCUACACCAUGAUCAUGGCGCUCAUCUUCUUCCUCUUUACAGGUACAAUUGGAUUCUUUGCCUGCUUUUGGUUUGUCACCAAGAUUUACAGUGUGGUCAAAGUGGAUUAAAUGAUAUCAAUCUCAGAUGAGACUGAACACUUCUCUGGCCAAUGUGAGAUCCCAGAAGAAGGGACCUGAGCGCUGUUUAACUUACUCUGUUGCCACGGCGACCCUGCUUUACACCAAUAACUUUAAAUCAACAAAUUCCAUUCACUUUGCUGUGUAUGUGUGCGUGUGCAUUAGUAGUGCAUAUUCGUUUUAAAGAAAUCGACACAUCUGCUUCUUUAGUUGGAACAGAAUACAGCAAACAUACACAUUGGCCAUUGCAUUUUGCUCAAGUAAUUACAAUUUCAAGUUGUCCCUUGUAAAUAUGACGUACCUCUCUUUUUUGAUAACAUUCAAAUGAAAGGGUAAUGCAUAAAUCACAGAGAAAACUAGCUCCAAUUACUGAAUCUUCAGUUUCAGAAGGAUGAUUUUGUAAAUAGCACGUUUUCCUUAUAUGCAUCAAAAAAGAAGCUAAAGGUUAAAAAACUGAAGGACUUUAUUCUUUGAGAGUUGAUUAAAGAGUGAGGCUGAGUGAAUUUUCUUUCAUCAUGUUGAUACUGUACAAUUACUGCUUGCAUAUACUUGUGGUGUAUAACCAGUGGGGGGAUGUCUAUUUAACUUUUUGUUUGGUCAUUUUUUUUCUCUUGGUUUGUUUAUGCCUCAAAACAUUGUGUGCCUCAAUAUCACAGAGGAAAAGCAAGACAUUGUGUUUUUGGAUAAGAACAGGUUUGUGAAAAUGUAAAGUGCCCCGUCCAUACAUGGGUGCUUGGUGUGAAAUAUUUUCCUUUGUAUAUAAGCACAGCAUUUAAACGUGUGUCCAUAAAACUACAUUAGCUUGGUUGGUCACUCAGUUUUGUUUUUUGUCUUCUCUGAUUUUGAGGUAAUGAGAUUACAAGAAAAACAAAAUAUUAGAAAUAAAACCUUGUCUCCAAAAA